AUGACUAGACUUCUGACUGAUGACGAUUCCGCUUCCAUUACAAAAAAAAUCGAAGACUGCUGCGCUGAAGAGAUUUUGAAGAAGCGCAUUACCGAACGUAUGCGAGGAAUCCGAGAUGCCGGAUAUCGAGUCAUGAGAGAAAGAGUUCUUGCGUCUAUGCAAGCUCCUCGAGUCACCAUCGACGGACACCAGCAAUCGGUCCUCAACCUGUCGUCUAACAACUAUUUGGGACUCGCGACACACCCACAAGUUGUUGCGGCGAGUCGUGAAGGUCUGGAAAAACGAGGCCUCGGGGCAGCAUCGGCGCGAUUUAUCUGCGGUACACUCGAUAUCCACGUUGAACUGGAGAGAAAAAUUGCCGAGUUUCAUGGACAUGAAGCGGCCAUUCUCUACGCUAGCUGUUUUGACGCCAAUGCAGGAUUGUUCGACGCGUUGCUUACAAAAGACGACGUUGUUUUGAGUGACAGCCUCAAUCAUGCUUCCAUAAUAGACGGCAUCCGAAUGUCCAAAGCUCAAAAGCUUAUCUACAAGCACGUUGAUUUGAGCGAUCUAGAGGCGAAGCUGUCCAGCUGCCAGGACGCAAAGUUGCGUGUUAUUGCUACAGAUGGUGUAUUCAGCAUGGACGGCGAGGUAGCGCCUCUGAGAAACAUAUGUGACCUGGCUCAAAAGUACAAGGCAUUAGUGUUCAUCGACGAGUGUCACGCCACCGGAAUAAUCGGAAAAACUGGAAGGGGCACAGUAGAAUAUUGGAACAUUCCUGGCAGUGUUCACAUUGUCAAUUCCAGCAUCGGAAAAGCGUUGGGUGGAGCAUCAGGAGGCUACACAAGCGGACCAAAAGAGCUGAUCGAACUCCUGCGCCAAAGAUCCAGACCGUACAUAUUCUCGAGCACACUCUCUUCCUCCGUCGUAGCAGGAGCAAUCAAGGCAUUUGACAUCCUCCUGUCUGGAUCUCCUCUUGUAGCCAAACUUGCUGACAACGCCAAGUACUUCCGAAAGCAGAUGGCAGACGUUGGUUUCAAGAUCAUUCCCGGCGACCAUCCUCUUGUACCAGUGCUUGUUGGUGACGCAGAAAAAGCAGAAAAACUAGCGGAACAGCUAUUUGAAGAAGGUGUGUUGGUCACUUCCAUGUGUUUCCCUGUUGUUCCUCAAGGAGAGGCCCGUAUACGAGUUGUACUGUCUGCUCAACACACACACGAGGAUCUGGACGUCUGCGUGAGGAAGUUUACAAAAGCAGGGGGGAAAGUUGGAGUCAUUUGA